UCAUUCCCCUUUCUCUCUUGUUUUACCGUUCAAGAUUUUUCUUUUAUUUUUACCAUUGAAGAAGAGAGAUCAAAGAUGCCAAGGCCAGGCCCUAGACCUUACGAGUGUGUAAGAAGAGCUUGGCAUUGCGAUAGACACCAACCCAUGAGAGGUUCCAUCAUUCAGCAGAUUUUAAGGCUAGCUAUGGGAACUCAUAGCACGGCUACUAAGAAGAACAAGGAAUGGCAAGAUAAGAUAAUUACUGUCAUCGUCAAAGCCGAGGAGAUUAUGUAUUCCAAAGCCAAUUAUGAGGGUGAAUACACGAACCCGGAAACCCUAUGGGACCGUGUUAACGAUGCCAUCAACACGAUUAUCCGUCGAGAUGAGAGCACCGAAACAGGAGAGCUUUUGCCACCUUGUGUUGAAGCUGCCCUUAAUCUAGGGUGCUAUCCAGUGAGAGCUUCAAGGAGCCAAAGACUCUGUAAUCCUAGGACUUAUCUUACGCCAAGAGCACCCGAACCUGUUCCUGCAGCGCCUAGUAUUUUGGAUAAAAGCAGUGAGGAACGGUGUUCUCAGUUAUCACCGGUUCAGUCUGGCAGUCAAUUUGCAAGAAUAACAACCAACGUGAAUUCAAAUGUUUCGGUUUCACAAACUAACCGCCAUGGUUAUCAAUUUCUAUCUGAAAAUUGUCCAUCUGACCAUGACCAAUUGAUGAGGACAGAAACUAACUUCCCACCGAGCUUGGGUCAAGUUUACCCCCUUUACUAUGGAGUUGACUAUCAAAAUGCAGAGUCCCAGACAGGUUGCCCGGUUCAGGAAAAUAUAGUGCCUGAUACGAUAAUUGUUGGGAGACCUAUUGGUACAUCUAUUUUAGAGCCAGCUGAAAGGGGUUCUUUGCAGAAUUUUUUUCCUUCUGAUGUCGAUGUUGGUAGUAAGAGAAUUGGACAACACAUCGGGCACUACCACGAGAAGUCAUUUGCAAAAGAAUGUGAUUUGUCCUUGCGGUUGGGUCUAUUUUCUGACCCUUGUAUGCAAGUUUCUUCAAUUUGUGAAGCCAAAGAUGUCAGUCCAAGCUGUGGGGGCAAACUUAAUGAUGAUUUUCAACAAACGAGUAAAGGCUUCCGUUUUUCCCCGGAGAGGACUGUUAAUGACCACUUUGGCUCAUCUUCAAGAAAGUGCUUCAUGGAAAGUGAAGAUCACAAUUUUGGGGCAGCAGUGAGAAAACGUAAGGCAACAUUUGGAGGCAACUCAGAAGAUGAACAAUUUUGCUGGCAACCAGGGUCAUCGACUAAUAAUAGAAGAAACGGGUCAGGUUUCUACUUGCACAAAGCUCAGGAAACAAAUGAAAGAGGAAAAGAAUUAUAGGUAUUUUAGACAAAUUAAUUAGCUAUUUGAAACUAUGAAAUGUAGUGAAAUAUAUACCCCUAGCUGUCAUA